AUACACAAUGCGAUAGCUAUCGAACACGCGAUAGUAGCGUACACAAGCAUCUAUGUAUUUUUACAUCCCUAUUCUGCUUUUUUAUUUCACGGUCCAAAUACACGGAAAACAGGGCUUGGAUUGGAGGCUUGGUCGAUUCGCACAAACGCAAAUAUAAGCCAUGGAGGUUGCCACCGCCCACGCCCCCGGCGAGCUAAAGUCAGAGUUAACGCCGGCUAGCCCGGUGCCGAGCCAGAAUCCCAAUCAAAAACCCAACCAAGCGCCGGCAACAAACGAAAAUGGUGUACAAACAGGACAAAUAAAGACGGAGAGCUGCGAAUCCACACAUUCCAGUGGGACGGGGAACCUCAAAGUGGAGCGGGACGACGAGAAGCCCAAGACCGAAAUGGCUGAGAAAGUAUUGAUUACCAUAUGCAGUGCGGAUCGGAAGAACAAGAAGACUUUCAUGUCCUUUCCCACGCGAAAGGAUGUGAUUGAAAAGGCACACAAAUAUGGUCUUUCCGGAAGUACGAUUGUCCUGGAGAGCAAUGGCUGCGAAAUCUGCGAGGACGAAGUGCUACUCUUCGCUGCUAAAGAAAAGAUACUCCUUAUGCUUCUUGCUGAAUCCGAUGAGUAUGUGGUUUUGCCGCCGCCGUCGCCCUUAAAUCGAUCGGAUCGUGCUGGUAGCUCGGUGGAUCCCAGCUUCUAUGCCAACAACAGUAUUGUAUCGAAUGCGAAUGACUCGACGGUGUCCAAUGACGAAACCCUAUCUUUGGCCAGCGUCACGCCUUCAAAUGCGAAGAACGCGACGCUGUUCAAAGAAUUUUCAAUACCCUGGAACAAGGUGCCGAACGAUGUUAUGAAAAUACUAAAGGGAAAAGGCAGCUUGGGCAAGCGGUUAAACACGCUGGGCAACGUCUUGGUGGAGGCUCUACGCGAAAGGUCCGCACACAUUCCGAUUAGAGUUUUCAGGCAGGUGGCCCAGCAAGCAGCCGAAAAGUAUCCGGACUCUCUGCUCGAAAAGGAUCGUGAAGGACAGUUCAUUGCCACCACGCCGCAGUCGCUGAUCUCAAAGAUGAUCAAUCGGAACAAUGCGCUCAACAGGCCUCAAAAACGUGCCAGUGGCUCUAGCUCCGGUACCUUCGAGAUUCACAUCACCAGCAAGAAACGAAAAUCGGGUGUGAACGCCUCCAACGGGGAUGCCAAAACUCAGGCCAUCAACAGGGAUCUUGAGCAAAAGAAGGAGCUACUGAUCUCCAGCUAUCGCGGCAGUGCGUCCUUGGAGAAAUCCACCAUAGUGGAGUAUAUGAAAGAGUGUUUCCCGUUGCAGCGCGCUUUUUUCAAUAAUAGCGAAAAGAUUCCCGAUAUCACGUCCAUAAAGGAUAACUGGCCCUACAUCUUUGACAAGGCAAUGCUGUUCCAACACUUUGAGCUCCUCAUGUCCAUCGAUCCGAAGGUUUUGGAGAAGCGCCUGGCCAGCGAAAAAGAGCGAUUCUUCAAGUUCUUCAAGGGAUCGAAAAAUAAAAAAAUUAGCGCUCUGGGAGAGAGCAAUGCGAAUCUGGUGCGCGGUAUAGCAUACCACUUUAACGAGGAUCCCGACUACAUAUUCAAGCAACUAGAGAACGGUCCCUUGUCCAAGGAGGUGUUGCAGAAUAUGAAUCCCACGAAUGCUCCUUGGGUGGCUCUAGUCAAUUCGCCCAUUAAAGCCGACGGCGUGGAAUCCAAGACCGAAGCUAUGGUCUAUAUCGAGGGUCAAAUAAUGGCCACAUUCGCCGCCAAGGAUGGAGACCUGCCGGAUAUCCUGGCCCAGCUUAUCUGCUACUAUUAUACCUUCAACAUGAUGUACCCCAAGGAGGCCAAUCAAACUCUCGAAUUUAUUGUCGUCUACUUUCUGCAGCAUUCGCCAGAACAAGUAGGUUCAGCCAAGAAAUCGGUGACCACCAACAGCAAAUUUAACCAGCUUAUUGCCAAGCUUGCCAAUGCCAACGCCAAUGGCUGAGCCUGAAUGUUUAUGAAUAUGGAACUGGAAUCCGAGGCACAGUUGGCGCCGCUUCAAUCUCCCCUCGCUUCUUACAAACGAGGAGCCGCAUUCUGUUUAGUUUAUUUAUUUUAUCCGACCUAUUCCACAUGUAUUUGUACCACUAGUUUUAAGAUUUACAUACCGUGUGUAGUAAUAUUGUGUAUACAUUUCUGAUUUAUCACCCGUGAAAUUUGUUUAUUUCUUUCAAGAAAUAUUUUUUUAAGGUAUGUUUGAAAAAAUUGGUUUAUUUUAACUCAAAAUUUCGUACAAAAAUCGAAAACCAAAUUGUAAGAACUUAUGAAACUAUUUAUUUAUUCCGUGAACCUUUCCCGGAUCCUAUUUAAAAGGAUUUUCCGUGUUUAUAAAAGUUCCUUUUUGAUUGUUUUGAAACGUCCCUUUUCCAAUUUUCCCUCCGAAACCAUUUUUGAUCAAAUCUUUUGUGGCGUUUAAAAGGGACCCCUUUUUGGAUGUCACUCCCAAAGUGAUUUUCCUGCGGUAGAAGUUACGUUCCUUGAAGGUAAAGUUUUUAACGUCAGUGGGUAGCUCUCCUUUAUUGCAAUCCUUGAAGGUGCCCUUAUCCUUGGACUUAUAGAUGUUAUUUUUCUUCUUGGGAGUGGGCUCAUCAUCAAAGGACUCCCAUUUGGUGGGUUCCGCUCGCUUCGCUUCGAUUACGUUUUUUCUGUGAUUUUUUUCACGCUGCUGCAUAAACUUCUUUGCAUCCGCGCUUUCCACAUUAAGACGUUUAGCACUGCUAAUCUCCUCGGACGCCUCUAUAAUGUCGUUCUUCACAUGCUGCCAUGGUUUUGCGGUAGGCUCUGGAUUUGGAGUGAAGUUGGAGUCAGAUUUCCAUGUCUUGCACGAGUAUGGCUUAAACUUGGCCUUGCCCCAGUUUUGAGUCACUUUUUUAAGUUCUUCCUUAUGCUUCUUAUUCAUUUUCGUGGUCAUUUUUAUUUACAAAAAUUAUUUACAAUAAUAAAUAUGUUUUAGUGAUGGGAGUUUCCAAAUGACGAUUCGAUAAAAAUGAGGUAGAAGAUGAAAAUAAUACAAGCUUAUUGUAAAACGCAGUUUCUUUUAUUAUUAUUCAUUUUUUUUUUAAAUAAAAUGUUGAUUUUUAUUUUAAUAAAUUGGCCAAAAGUGGGAUAACUCUUUUUUUUAAACAUUGAAUUUGGCCUGUUCCUAGCCAACUUGCCACCAUUAUCAUGUUGUGUUAUCGCUGCCGUUCGAAUAACCGCCAAUCGAUUCAACACGUGCGCCGCUGCAGUUCGGAAAUAUACAUAUUAGAGAUUUCAGGAUGCGAGGCGGUGGACAGAACCACUCCGGUCAGGAAAACUACCAAUACUAUGAAGACGGUGGAGGAGGUCACCGAUCGUUCCAAGAUGUUUCUGUGCACAGGCCGAAUUUCAACAAUAGCAAUGGCAAUCGACAGGAGCCAGGAAGAGACGACUCGUUCAACAAAUUCCGUGAUCCCCAGCAGCCUCCUAAUAAAGAUCAUGAGAAUAAAGGAGGACAUAAUGGUAUUGUAGGCGGAGGAG